GUUCAAAAGUUGACAAAGGGAAUAAUAAAUGAAAACUAUCUAGUUAUUCGUCUUAAUAGGUUUCGUUUUUGAACUGCAUAUGCUAAUCAACUCCAAUCGUUUCCAGAUAAUGAAGGGAUUUAAGACGUCCGAGAAAAUAUCGACCUUUGUGAAAAGUAAAAAAGAAGAAGAGACUUGAGUCUCUGAACUUUAGAUAACCUAAGCCUUAUAUGGUUUCUAAUAGUUUGGAUUAAUAUUUUGGGGUAUGUAAUUACAAUUUUCAAUGUAUUAAAGGAUUUAAGAUAAAAAAGAGUGAAAAUGGCAUCGGCAAGCAGCACUUCAGCGCGGUCGCUAUUUGCUGAUUCAAAAAUGCGGCUCGCCGACCGUGUCCAAGUUAACGUCAACAAUAUCGGCUCCUUGGCGCGUCAAAUCGUCCGUGGAUCAAAAAGCAACGACAUUAUCAUGCACUCAGCUCGUAACUUUGCUGCCCAGGAAAACUUGAUUGAAAAUUCAGAAAAGAAUCUCAAGAGACUAGAGCUGUUGUGCACGCAUCUAGGUUACCAGCAGGACGCGAUAUUGAAGAGGGCGCAGCAGCUAGAAGAAGUCAAAGAGCAGGUGCAGGCCAUGCAGCGAUAGGUGUUUAUCUUACGAAUAUUCUUAAGAACAUCCUUUGAUAUAGGGCCCUGCCUUAAUGGUUAAAAGGUCAAAACCAAUGAAACAUGUUUUGAAAACAGGUUUAUUUAAAUAAACAUAAGAAAUCACGGAGUAUACAU